AUUAAAUACAAAAUAUAUUUUUUUUAUUUUUUGUUAAAAGUAAAAAAUUUAAACAAAAAAAAAAAUGGAAUUGACAUUUCCAUUGCACAUUUCAAUUUACUCUCGUAUAUCCUGGAAAGCUGCACAACUACAUUAAUUUUUUUUUUAUUAUGUAACUGCUUUUUCCUAGAGAUAGAAUAUUCUCUUAUAUGCCUAACAUAUACAUUUAAAAAUAUAUAUUUAAUGUAAAAAAGGAUCUGUCUGUGUGCGAAAUGCGAAAUCGUCUUGCCUCGUUAAUUAUUGUUAAGCAAGAAACGCAACAAACUUUAAGCAGUGGUAAUAGUAUAAAUAAUGGUGGUCCUAGUAGUGAUGGAUUUUGUAGAUUAAUAACAAAUUUACCGCCAUCUAGUGUAGAACUACAACAACAACAACAAGAACAAUAUCAACAAAGACAUGCAACAGUAGCAACUCAAGUUGAAGCCGAGGAGGAGGAUAAUAAUAAUAAUAACAAUAGAAUAGAUAGUAGAAGUAAUUUAACCGUUAGUUCUAGUUUGUUAUUGUUAGAUGAUACUCGUGGACAUUUUGAAAAGAGCAAUAAUAAUAAUAAUAAUAAUAAUAGUAGUUGUUUCAAUGUGAUUGCCAAUGUUGGAUUGUAUUCAGCAACAACAACACCUGACUCUCGUCAUCAUUUAACAACAGUAUCAAAUAUAAAUAUAAACAAUAAUAAUAAUAAUAAUUAUGAACAUUUUAUUCCAUUGGAAUAUAAACCAAGUGAUAAUGUUGGAUGUGGCAAUUAUUUAAAUAAUUAUAAUAAUAAUCAGAGCCGGUUAUUUAAGUGCGAAAUAGAUGAUGAAUUUGAUUUGAAUGAUGACGUCGAUGAAAUAUGUAAUAACGAUGAUAAUAAUGAUGAUGAUGUUAAUAAUAACAUUAAUGACGCCAAUAUUAAUGAUGAUGAUGAUGAUAAAUUAAAUCAACAGGAUACCAAGUGUGCUUCCAGAUUACUCAACACAAACAUAUUAUCACGCUUACCUUUAACGGGAAAUACGGAAAAAGUACAACCAAAUAAAAUUAAAAUCGAAUCGCCAACCAGCGAUAAAAUCAAUUCAAGAGUAUUAGCCUCAUCAAGCAUGUUACUUUUGCAACCAAAUAGCUCCUUUAGUUCUCUCUCUCCCUUCGAUAAUUUCUCUUCGCAACAAUCGCAUUUGUCGCCGAGUGAUCAUCAUCAUCAUCACCAUCAUCAUCAUAAUAAUAGUAAUCAGCCUUCGGAAGCCCAAUUGAUCGAUUCGACUUUCGGUCAAAUAUCUGAUCUAUUUUUUCCGGCCGAUUCGAAUAAUUCGUUGUUAUCGUCGUGUGUGGAUACUCAAGCUCAGGCUGAAACUUUGGGAGGUGGAUUUGGAGGUAGUCCGCAAGACUUACAAGGAUUACACAAACAACAGUUUUCGCCAACGAGUGAGACACUUCUCGGCAGUGGUGCAGAAGAUAUCACAAGUUCGAUUGAGAAUAUUGCCAAGUUAUCGUGCCCGACGCGUGAAAAACGACUUUCGUCGAUUCCCGAACAACAAGCUUUGUCGCCAGAUUCGUUGUGUUUUGAUCGAACAACUCCACAGGAAAUCGGUCUGCUAAGUUUGCGAUCGAGUAGUGAUCCAGCAAUAGCGUUACAUAGCUUAGAGGAGCGUGCAGUAGCUGUGCAAGCAAGUGAGAGCUUGGAGCCAUUGGCACUGUUGUCAACGCCACCACCAUUAGCACAACUUACAUGCGGAAGCUCAUUGCCGAGCUUUCAGGAAACCUAUUCGCUUAAGUACAAUCCAAUGCCCAAUUUGAGUUUGAAAAUGGAUGAGGACUGUUUUAACAUUACCACCGCUGCAUCACAUCCACCAUCAAAUAAUCAUCAUAAUAUUCAUCAUCAUCAUCAUCAUCAACAACAACAACAGCAGCAACUUCAACAACAGCAGCAGCAACAACAACAACAAGCGAAUCAAACGCACAAUCCUGCAGGAGUACCAACAACGAUCUCAGCGUAUUAUCAUGGAUCCUUUGCCAAUACGGCGAAUAUUCAGCAACAUUUGAAUUCAUACGAGUAUAACGCACAACAGCAGCAGCAAUUAGCACAGCAACAACAAGGUUACUCAGAAGGAUUCUACCAGCAAUAUCAGCAGCCAACACCACAGGCUUACAGCUCAACUCAUGAACGCUACUCACUUCCAACGUUCCCCACCAUCUCUGAGCUCCAUGCUUCAGCAGCUCCACUCCGUCGAGCCUCCCUCCCAAUGCAGCGUUCUGACUCGCCGGCUAGCAGUCACAGUCCGAAACUUCCGAAAAUGGGUAUUCUCAAGGCAAUGACCAGUGCUCCCAGCUCAACAUCCAGUUCGCCCAGCUGCCAAAAUAACAGUAAUUCAAGCAAUGAAGUAACCAGCAGUCGCAUUAUGCACCCAUCACCGUCUCAAUUAUGUGCUGUCUGUGGUGACACGGCAGCUUGUCAGCACUAUGGCGUCCGGACAUGCGAAGGUUGCAAGGGAUUCUUUAAACGCACCGUACAAAAGGGCUCGAAAUACGUUUGCCUCGCCGAUAAAUCCUGCCCAGUUGAUAAGCGACGACGUAAUCGAUGUCAGUUUUGUAGAUUCCAAAAAUGUUUAGUUGUUGGAAUGGUCAAGGAAGUAGUGCGAACAGACUCUCUGAAAGGAAGACGUGGUCGACUACCAUCUAAGCCAAAAUCCCCCCAAGAAUCACCACCGAGUCCACCUGUAUCAUUGAUAACCGCUUUAGUGCGUGGACAUGUAGACACAACUCCAGAUCCAUCAUGCUUGGAUUACUCGCAAUACAAAGAGCCAGUACUCAAUGAACCUGUUAUUGGAGAAGCUGAAAAAGUACAACAAUUUUACUCGCUGCUGACAACAUCAGUGGAUGUAAUUAAGCAGUUUGCUGACAAAAUUCCCGGCUAUUCGGAUUUUUGUGCUGAAGAUCAGGAACUGCUCUUCCAAUCAGCAUCACUGGAACUCUUUGUUCUGCGGCUAUCCUAUCGAGCACGAAUCGAUGACACCAAAAUGACAUUCUGCAAUGGCGUUGUUCUUAAUCGAGCUCAGUGUCAACGAUCGUUUGGCGAUUGGCUGAAUGGCAUUCUUGAAUUCAGCAAAAGUUUACAUAACCUGGAAAUUGAUAUUUCAGCAUUUGCCUGUUUAUGUGCUCUCACACUUAUAACUGAACGUCAUGGUCUGCGUGAACCGAAAAAAGUCGAACAACUGCAAAUGAAAAUAAUCGGCAGUUUGCGCGAUCAUGUUACCUAUAAUGCCGAAGCCCAAAAGAAACCGCACUACUUUAGCCGGUUAUUGGGUAAAUUGCCCGAAUUGCGAUCCCUCAGCGUACAAGGGCUACAAAGAAUAUUCUACCUGAAGCUAGAGGACCUAGUACCUGCCCCAACACUCAUAGAAAAUAUGUUUGUGGCAAGUUUACCAUUUUAGAUUUUUAAUUUAAAAAUAAAAAAAAAAUUAAACAAAAAAAAAAUAUUAUAAAUGUCAUAAUAUAUAUUAUAUAUAUUUUAUUA